CUCGCCCGAGCUGUGGCGGUUCUGGCGUCCGAGUCGGCGGGGCGAGCGUGGGGCGCCGACAUGACGCCUGACGACCCGGAGGAGACCCAGCCGCUCCUGAGGCCUCCGGACCACAGCAGCGUCCCCCGCAGCCGCCGGGGCUUCCUCGCCGCCUUCGCCGCUGCCCUCGGCCCGCUCAGCUUCGGCUUCGCGCUCGGCUACAGCUCCCCGGCCAUCCCGAGCCUGCGGCGCGCCGUGACCCCGGCCCCGCGCCUCGACGAUGAGGCGGCCUCCUGGUUCGGGGCCGUCGUGACCCUGGGCGCCGCGGCGGGGGGCGUGCUGGGCGGCUGGCUCCUGGACCGCGCCGGACGCAAGCUGAGCCUCCUGCUCUGCACCGUGCCCUUCGUCCUCGGUUUUGCCGUCAUCACCGGCGCCCAGAAUGUGUUGAUGCUGCUCGGGGGUCGCCUGCUCACCGGCCUGGCCUGUGGUGUCGCCUCGCUGGUGGCCCCGGUAUAUAUCUCAGAGAUUGCCUACCCGGCAGUGCGAGGGCUGCUUGGCUCCUGUGUGCAGCUGAUGGUCGUCAUCGGCAUCCUCUUGGCCUACCUGGCAGGCUGGGUUCUGGAGUGGCGCUGGCUGGCUGUGCUGGGCUGUGUGCCCCCCUUCCUUAUGCUGCUGCUCAUGUGCUGCAUGCCUGAGACCCCACGCUUCCUCCUCACUCAGCACAAGCGCCAGGAGGCCAUGGCUGCCCUGCAGUUCCUGUGGGGCUCCGAGCAGGGCUGGGAAGAGCCCCCAGUGGGGGCUGAGCACCAGCAGGGCUUCCAGCUGGCCCUGCUGAGGCACCCUGGCAUCUACAAGCCCUUCCUCAUCGGUGUUUCACUCAUGGCCUUCCAGCAGCUGUCAGGGGUCAAUGCUGUCAUGUUCUAUGCAGAGACGAUCUUUGAGGAGGCCAAGUUCAAGGACAGCAGCCUGGCCUCCAUCAUCGUGGGUGUCAUCCAGGUGCUGUUCACAGCUGUGGCGGCCCUCAUCAUGGACAGAGCAGGACGCAGGCUGCUUCUGACCUUGUCAGGUGUGAUCAUGGUGUUCAGCGCAAGCGCCUUCGGCACCUACUUCAAGCUGACCCAGAAUAGACCCGGCAACUCCUCCCAUGUGGACCUCCUGGCCCCUGUGUCUGCGCAGCCCGUCGAUGCCAGCGUGGGGCUGGCCUGGUUGGCUGUGGGCAGCAUGUGCCUCUUCAUUGCUGGCUUUGCGGUGGGCUGGGGGCCCAUCCCCUGGCUUCUUAUGUCCGAGAUCUUUCCUCUGCAAGUCAAGGGUGUGGCUACCGGCGUCUGCGUUCUCACCAACUGGCUCAUGGCCUUCUUAGUGACCAAAGAGUUCAGCAGCCUCAUGGUGAGUGCAGGAGGUCCUCCGGCCUUAUGGAGCCUUCUGGCUCGCCUCUGCUUUUUGUAUCUUCAGUGUCCUUUUCACUUUGUUCUGUGUCCCUGAAACCAAAGGAAAGACUCUGGAACAAAUCACAGCCCAUUUUGAGGGUCGAUGACAGUCCCUUUCUGUGUGAGAUGCCUGCCCCUGCUGGAAGGCUUUGGACUGUGACUAUGAAUUGGACCUCAGCUUGAGCCUGGGCUGGAACCCAGGGCCAUAAUUCCUUGAGCCCACUUCCUGUCCAGCUGUCACAGCCCAGCCAUUCAGGCUGUGACUCACCUGACCUGGGGUCCAGUCUCUGCUGCUGCCCUGUGCAAUCAGAACAUCUGUGAAGAGCUCUGCAGUCCUGUGCACGUUUCCUUCGUGACACUAAAGCGCCAAGGAGGAAGCAGGGUCUCUGUCUCCUGCUUCCUGGCUGGAGAU